AUGUUGCCCCGAUUAGUGUCGAAUUUAACGAGGGUUUUAACCCAAAACAAUGUAUGCACUCCCAUUAAACAACUAAAACGGAAUAUAGGCCUUAUACCAAUUGUUGUUGAACAGACUGGACGGGGUGAACGAUCCUAUGAUAUUUACUCAAGACUGCUUAAAGAAAGGAUAAUAUGCCUUAUGGGGCCCAUCAACGAUGACAUGAGCUCCUUAAUAGUAGCCCAAUUGUUGUUUUUACAAUCGGAAUCUUCCACAAAACCCAUACAUUUGUACAUUAACUCUCCUGGAGGUAGUGUGACUGCUGGUCUGGGUAUUUACGAUACAAUGCAGUAUAUUUUGCCUCCCGUGGCUACUUGGUGUGUUGGACAGGCUUGUAGUAUGGGAUCUUUAUUAUUGGCGGCAGGUUCUAAAGGGAUGAGACAUUCAUUGCCCAAUGCUAGAAUUAUGAUUCAUCAGCCCUCUGGAGGUGUUCAGGGCCAAGCAACUGACAUCCAAAUUCAAGCAGAAGAAAUUCUGAAGCUUAAAAAGCAAAUAAAUCUUUUAUAUGUAAGACACACUGGUCUUGAGUUAAGCAAGAUUGAACAAAGUAUGGAAAGAGACAAAUUUAUGAGUCCGUUUGAAGCGCAAACGUUUGGAAUUCUUGACAAAGUCCUGACAAGCCCGCCAAAUGGUAAGCACCCAGAUGAACCAUCUGAGUUGGCUGAUGCCAAACCCACAACUAUCACAGUUUGA